CUGUUUUUCAGAGUGACAGAUGACCGGGCCAAGCAAUCUGAACUGUACUUAGUCGGAAUGAUUUGUUACUAUGGCAAACAUUAUUCUACGUUCUUUUUUCAAACCAAGAUCCGCAAAUGGAUGUACUUUGAUGAUGCUCAUGUCAAGGAGAUUGGGCCCAAAUGGAAGGAUGUGGUGACCAAAUGCAUCAAGGGGCAUUAUCAGCCCCUGCUGCUGCUUUAUGCAGAUCCCCAGGGUACCCCAGUGUCCACCCAGGACCUGCCUUCCCAAGCGGAGUUCCAGUCAUACAGCAGGACAUGCUAUGAUAGUGAAGAUUCAGGGAGGGAGCCCUCCAUCUCAAGUGACACUCGAACAGAUUCCUCAACGGAGAGCUAUCCCUACAAACAUUCCCACCAUGAGUCUGUGGUCAGUCACUUCUCUUCUGAUUCUCAGGGGACAGUCAUCUAUAAUGUGGAGAAUGAUUCCAUGUCUCAGAGCAGUCGGGACACAGGACACCUGACUGAUAGUGAAUGCAAUCAGAAACACACAUCCAAGAAAGGGUCACUGAUAGAACGAAAGAGGAGCUCUGGUCGGGUUAGGAGGAAAGGCGAUGAGCCUCAGGCCUCAGGAUACCACAGUGAAGGAGAAACACUGAAAGAGAAGCAGGCUCCUAGGAAUGCCUCCAAACCAUCCAGCAGCACCAAUAGGCUGAGGGAUUUUAAAGAGACAGUCAGCAAUAUCAUCCACAACAGACCAUCCCUGGCUUCUCAGACCAAUGUAGGCUCUCACUGUGGAGGUAGGGGAGGAGACCAGCCAGACAAAAAACCUCCUAGGACCCUGCCUUUACACUCUCAUGACUGGGAAAUAGAGAGUACCAGUAGUGAGUCAAAAUCCAGUUCUUCCAGCAAGUAUCGUCCAACAUGGAGACCCAAACGAGAAUCUCUGAAUAUUGACAGUAUCUUUAAUAAGGACAAAAGGAAGCACUGUGGCUAUACCCAGCUUAGUCCCUUUUCUGAGGAUUCAGCUAAAGAAUUUACACCAGAUGAACCAAGCAAGCCACCUGCUUAUGAGGUUAAAUUUGGUGGAUCAAGCCCCCAGUACAAGCGCUGGGGCCCAGCACGGCCAGGCUCUCACCUUUUAGAGCAGCAGCCCCGACUAAUCCAGCGAAUGGAAUCUGGCUAUGAAAGCAGUGAGAGGAACAGCAACAGCCCUGUCAGCCUGGAUGCAGCCCUGCCUGAGAGCUUAAAUGUCUACAGGGAUUCAAGUGCUAAGAGAUCAGCUGGGUUGAUCCCUUCCUGGCGUCACAUCCCAAAGUCGCAUAGCAGUAGCAUCCUGGAAGUGGACUCCACAGCAUCCAUGGGUGGCUGGACAAAGAGUCAGCCUUUCUCAGGUGAGGAGAUAUCUUCUAAAAGCGAACUGGAUGAAUUACAGGAAGAGGUGGCCAGGAGGGCGCAAGAACAGGAACUUCGAAGAAAAAGAGAGAAGGAGUUAGAGGCAGCUAAAGGGUUUAACCCUCAUCCUAGCCGCUUCAUGGACUUGGAUGAACUGCAGAAUCAGGGGAGGAGUGACGGCUUUGAGAGGUCCCUGCAAGAGGCAGAGUCAGUGUUUGAAGAGUCACUGCAUCUGGAACAGGAAGGAGACUGUGCUGCAGCUUUGGCUCUCUGUAAUGAAGCUAUCUCUAAACUAAGACUUGCCCUGCAUGGUGCCAGCUGUAGCACGCACAGCAGAGCCCUAGUCGAUAAGAAGUUGCAAAUCAGUAUUCGAAAAGCACGGAGCCUGCAGGAUCGCAUGCAGCAGCAGCAGUCAUCACAGCAGCCGUCGCAGCCCUCAGCCUGCCUCCCAUCACAGGCGGGGACUCUCCCUCAGCCGACAAGUGAACAGCCUAUCCCGCUCCAAGUAUUGUUAAGCCAAGAGGCCCAACUGGAACACUGCACGGAUACAGAGUUUGGGGCCAGUUCUUUCUUCCAUUCACCUGCUUCCUGCCAUGAGUCACACUCAUCACUAUCUCCAGAGUCAUCUGGCCCGCAGCACAGCUCCCCUAGUAGAUCUGCCUUGAAGCUUCUGACUUCAGUUGAAAUAGACAACAUUGAACCCUCUGUAUUCCACAGGCAAGGUUUACCCAAAACACCAGGGUGGACUGAGAAUAAUUCUCAUCAUAGUUGGGAGCCAUUGGAUGCCCCAGAGGGUAAGCUGCAAGGCUCUAGGUGUGACAACAGCAGUUGCAGCAAGCUCCCUCCACAAGAAGGAAGAGGCAUUGCUCAAGAACAGCUGUUCCAAGAAAAGAAGGAUCCUGCUAACCCAUCCCUGGUGAUGCCUGGAAUAGCCACCUCAGAGACAGGAGAUGAACACAGCCUAGACUGCAGUCCUUCAAAUUCAUCAGCUCAGCCCAGUCUUUCUCUGUAUAGAGCCUGCCACCCCAUAAUGCCUGUUGCUUCUUCAUCUGUGCUUCACUCCCCUGAUCCUGUGCAGAAAACUAACCAAUGUCUCCAAGCCCAAAGCCUCAAAACUUCAUUAACUUCACAAGUGGACAGAGGCAGUGAGGAGCCCUAUAGGCCAGAGUUUCCCAGCACGAAGGGGCUUGUCCGUUCACUGGCUGAGCAGUUCCAGAGGAUGCAGGGUGCCUCCAUGAGGGAUAGCACAGGUUGCAAGGAUAGAAGUUUGUCAGGUAGUCAGAGGAAGAACUCUUCCCCUUCUGAUUCUAAGCCUCCUUUCUCACAGGGUCAAGAGAAAGGCCACUGGCCAUGGGCAAAGCAACAAUCCUCUUUGGAGGGUGGGGACAGACCUCUUUCCUGGGAAGAGUCCACUGAACAUUCUUCUCUUGCCUUAAACUCUGGACUGCCUAAUGGUGAAACUUCUAGGGGAGGACAGCCCAGGUUGGCAGAGCCAGACAUAUACCAAGAGAAGCCGCUUCAAGUGAGAGAUGCUAGGUCUAAGGAUCUGAGCAGCAGUACUGACUUGGGGACUUCUUUGCCUUUGGAUUCCUGGGUGAAUGUCACAAGGUUCUGUGAUUCUCAGCUUAAACAUGGGUCCCCUGUAACCUAUCCAGAGAGAAAUCACAUCCUUUUGCAUCCACAUUGGAACCAAGACACAGAGCAGGAAGCCUCAGAAUUGGAGUCUUUGUACCAGGCCAGUCUUCAGGCUUCUCAAGCUGGCUGUUCUGGAUGGGGGCAGCAGAAUAUGGCCUGGCACCCACUUAGGCAAACAGGCUCUGCAGAUGGCAUGGGAAGGAGGUUGCACUCAGCUCCUGGUCCUGGUCUCUCAAAGACUCCAACAGCAGAAAUGGAGCACGGUCUCCAUGAAGCCAGAACAGUGCGUACUUCUCAGGAUUCAUCAAACGUGAGGAAGCCUUUGGAAACCGGGCACCGUUGUUCCAGCUCCUCUUCCCUCCCUGUCAUCCAUGACCCUUCUGUGUUUCUCCUCGGUCCCCAACUCUACCCCCCCCAACCACAGUUCCUGUCCCCAGAUGUCCUGAUGCCCAGCGUGGCAGGGGAGCCCCAUAGACUCCCAGGAACUUCGAGGAGUGUCCAGCAGUUUCUGGCUAUGUGUAACAGGGGUGAAACUUCCCAAGGGAUCAAGUACACAGGAAGGACUUUGAACUACCAGAGCCUCCCACAUCGUUCCAGAACAGACACCUCCUGGGCACCCUGGUCAGAGACCAACCAGCAUAUUGGGACCAGAUUCCUGACUACUCCAGGAUGCAAUCCUCCGCUAACCUACACUGCCACAUUACCAGAAAGAAGCAAGGGCCUUCAGGUUCCUCACGCUCAGUCCUGGGGGGAUGUUUUCCAUUCACCCUCCCACUCUCCCAUUGUUCAUCCUGUGUACCCACCAUCCAGCAGUCCCCAUGUACCCCUAAGGUCAGCUUGGAAUUCAGAUCCUGUUCCAGGGUCCCGAACCCCUGGUCCUCGAAGAGUAGAUAUGCCCCCAGAUGAUGACUGGAGGCAAAGCAGUUAUGCCUCCCAGUCUGGACACAGGAGGACAGUGGGAGAGGGGUUUCUGUUUAUUCUACCAGAUGGGCCUGGAAGAGAGCAGCUCAGGGCUAGAGUCCUGCAGCACAGCCGAUGGUAAAGGUCACCCUUUCUUUUCCUGGAGCUACACCUUUCUCUGUAAAACUGUAGUGUGGCAGUGCUGGUACCCUGCAUCACUGCCAUGGUUGUGCUAUUCUCAUCUCAACAUAGAAUUGGUGGGUUCUCCUAGGGGUGUCAGGAACCUCUAAAAAGACCGGAUUCUUUGGGAGGGGAUAUUUGAAAUUCCAACUUCCAUUCCCCCUAGCAAAAGGAAGCAGCUGCUGUUUAAACAUUUUAUCUGAGCCACUUUAAAAAUGAAUCCAUGGUAUUACUCUGGAUACUAGCCAUUCCUUAGGAUCUUAAGGUCACAUUUUAUUCCUGGAUGCUUUAUGUCCCCACCUCCACCUGAGCCCUCGUCUUCUGUUCCCUACUAUAUUCCCAACUUCUACUCUUUGUUUUAUCCACCUAUCCCUAUUACCUGACCCUUUGUCUUCCCUAUCUCUCAUCCUUGGAGAGAGAUGUAGCCCGUGGUCAUAGUUCUGAUUGCAUCAUCAGGGCAUCCCCCCUGCCCAGGUAUUAUGGCCCAUCAGCAUUAAGUGUGCCCUCCAAACCUUAGGCCUAGAACGCGGAGCUGCCAACAUAACAUUCACCCUUUUGAACAGAUGGGAGUCAGGCACACUAACACAGUCUUCUGUCCUCAGCAGCACAGCCAUUACUGCCACUUGCUCAGUCACUGUUGUAAACCCUCAGAGUCAGCUGAACUAUUUUAGGCCAAACAUACUGUUUUUGUAAAGUAUUUUUCAUUAAUAAAUCUAUAAGAUAGUUCUAUUUAA